AUGGGAGCCCUUAUCGCUAAAAUGUUGCUGCCUACCAUUAGCAGUUUGGUGUUUCUGCCAGCAGCCAGUGUUGCCACCAAGAGAGGCUUUCACAUGGAGGCCAUGGUCUACUUCUUUACCAUGUUCUUCACAUCGAUCUAUCAUGCGUGUGAUGGACCAGGCCUGUCUGUUUUGUGCUUCAUGAAGUAUGAGAUUUUGGAGUACUUCAGUGUGUAUGGUACAUCAAUCUCUAUAUGGGUCACAUUAUUAGCCCUGGGGGAUUUUGACGAGCCCAAGCGCUCCACACUCACCAUGUUUGGAGUGCUCACCUCUGCUGUGAGGAUAUACCAGGAUCGCUGGGGCUAUGGGAUCUACUCCGGCCCCAUCGGCACAGCUGUGUUGAUGAUCACAGUCAAAUGGUUACAAAAGAUGAAAGAGAAGAAGGGCCUUUAUCCAGACAAAAGUGUGUACACUCAACAAGUGGGGCCAGGGUGCUGCUUUGGGGCGCUGGCUUUGAUGCUUCGCUUCUAUUUUGAGGAGUGGGACUACCCUUAUGUGCAUAGCUUUUACCACCUGUCACUGGCUGUGUCCUUUGUACUGCUACUUCCCAAGAAGAACCGCUAUGCGGGAACGGGUCGCAACGCUGCCAAACUCAACUGCUACACUCUCUGCUGCUGUGUAUGA